AUGGCUAUCUCUACUACCCAAAGGUCCUCCCGCAAUGUGUCUCGCGGUAUAUGGGAAUUAGCCCGGUUACAUACCCGUGAAGCCUGGUUAUGUUGGUAUCCCGCCAUCUGGGGGGCAUGUGUGGCUGCGGGCAUGCGAGAUGUAUCGCUGGAACUCGCGCCAUUUCUCCGUUUACUCUUCGGCAUCUGGGCCAGCGUAACAGCUACACAUUGUACAUUUUGUACAUUCAACGAUAUUUGUGACCAAAAGCUCGACAAACACGUCGAGCGAUGCAAGGUUCGCCCUCUACCAGCUGGGAUGAUCAGUACGUCUGAGGCCAUUGUGGCUUUUAUCUGUUGGUUGCCUAUCACACUUUCCAUUACUUGGGGCACAUUGGGUCCAGCCGUUACAGUGGGCUUCAUCCCCGUAUGGGUUUUGAGCACCAUCUAUCCGUUCAUGAAGCGCAUCAUGCCAUUCCCGCAAGUUGUCCUGGGUGCAAUAAUUGGGGGCGCCGUGUUCCCUGGAUGGGUGGGAAUUACUGGAGAUCUAAACAAUUUGGAUCAGGCACUUCCUCUAUUCUUUGCUACGGCGGCAUGGGUUGUCUACUUUGAUAUUUUCUAUGCGACACAGGAUCGUCCGGAUGACGAGAAGAUUGGCGUAAAGUCACUUGCCGUGCUGAUGGGAAAGAAUGUCCAGGUCCUGCUUGCAGUGCUAGGGGCUCUGCAGGUAUUGCUGUUUGCUGUCACCGCGCUGCGCGCGGAAAUGUCACUCAUCUUUUGGGUGCUAGGGCUCGGUGUAUGGAUGGUGAUAAAGCUGCUUAUCACCAUGAACCGCAUCGAUGUGCACCAUCACUUCAUCCCCCCUGCCUAUGUGAAUGCCUUCAAUUCAACCCCUGGUGACCCCUCCGGCUGGCAUCUUCCCAAAUGGACACCGGAAUCGACCUUAUUCCUCAUGAAGUCCCACACCACCCGCACGGCCAUUCUCUCCUUGACCGCACCAGGUACUUCUAUCAUAUCCAACUCUCCGGUAGAGUCGGCUACUCUCGCCCGGCAAAUAAACCUCUAUGGCUUCCAACUUCACCAGGAAUAUCCCACUCGGUUCGGCUUCUUCGCCAGCCUCCCACAUCUAACACCUGAAAGCAUCACUUCAGCCAUCGAGGAACUCACCUAUGCUUUGGACGUCCUCCAGGCUGAUGGUAUCACCCUGUAUACUCGGUACAGUGGAACUGGAUACCUCGGUCAUAUCGCAUUUGCGCCGCUAUGGGAAGAGCUGAACCGCCGCAAGGCAGUAGUCUUCAUCCAUCCGACGAACACCGCCUCGGAUGCCCAGAACCAGCCCGAGAUGGUCAAUCCAAAUUUACCACAACCAAUCAUUGAUUAUCCGCACGAGACAUGUCGAGCAGCGGUCGAUCUGAUCACAUCAGGGACGAUCUCGAAGAACCCCGAUGUGAAGAUCAUUCUGUCCCACGGAGGUGGUACACUGCCUAUUCUCGCUACUCGUGCAGCAAAUCUCCUUUAUGAUGCAGGUUUGACUGGUAUCACUCCGGAGAGAUUUCUGGAGCAGGCUAGGGGGUUCUACUUUGAUCUCGCGCUAUCUGGGAACCAGGGGAAUUUGGGGUUACUGGUGGGCAAGAAUGGUUUUGCAAAAACAGGUCAUGUGCUAUAUGGCAGUGACUUUCCCUAUGCUCCAGUCGACACUAUCAACAAGUAUGUUGAGAUGAUGGAGGAUUUCUUUGCACAUGGAGGUGAGAAGGAGAUUGCCCGAGGUGCGGCGGUAGAGUUAUUUCCACGUUUUAAGAUUGAGGAGGAUAACAAGGAGAUAUUGUGA